CCGACAAGGUGAGUGCCACACCUGUGUGUCUCGCGAUACGUAACUUCUCGUAAGUUCCAGCUAGUCGAACACAGCCGCGAUUGCCAAACCGAGCCGAGGGAGCACUCGAGAUAGCACCGCUCUUCGCCCUAUUGAUUUUCCCGCAGAGGCGCACGCGCUAUUCCGUUCCCGAUUGCGACAAGGGGGGUGCGGCUGUAACCAUGGAUCCCAGUGUACUCGCCACCAUGGACAAGGACGCACUGAAGAAGCAGAUCGAGAACAUGAAGUACCAGGCGUCCAUGGAACGGUGGCCUCUUUCCAAGAGCAUCGCGGCGAUGCGGGAGUACGUUGAAGAAAACGAGAAGAAUGACCCGCUGAUACACGCGCCCGACAAGAAGAACAAUCCCUGGGCCGAGAAAGGCAAGUGCAUAAUCAUGUAAUCGAGCCGGAGCGGAGGAAGGGCAGCAGCAGAAGAAGGAAGCGUGCAUACGCGAGCGUGCGAGGAGGAAGAGAGGAGGAGGAGGAGGAGGAGAGCCGGUCGUUCAUCCGCGGCGAGAGGAAUCUCGGACAGACCACGAAAAGGUGGAGUAGCAGGAGAGCCGGUGGAAGAGAUCGGCAGCGGCAGAGGAGGAAGAGGAAGAAAUCGGCGGACGCUCGCGGCGCGGCUCGAUCGCGGCGGAUCCGCGAUCGAGCCGCGAUCGAGACGCGAUAGCCGCCGAAAUGAGAAGAACGAACGCGCGCCGAUCUCGAUCGCGAAGCGACGGCGUCCGGUCGAUCACGAGGACGCACCGUCUCGCUCUCGCUCUCCGGAUCGUUCGCCGCUCCUCCGGGACCCUGGUUUCCCAGUCUUUCGCUUACUCUGCGAGAAUCUGCCGAUUCUCCAUUACCGUCGCGUCCUACGUCGCCGGCGAUACACAGCGUUGUCCCUCGUACCGAUCGCGCCAUUCGCGAGAACAAUCGUAAUCGUAAGAGCGCUCGCGCGCACUCCGAGGCGGCUCGUGAAUCUUCUUCACCCCCCCGUACGAUUUACCAUCGCGUGCGCGGGAGGAAACGAGAAAGGACGAUUUGUCGUCCGUUCGUACGACGUCGUCGCUCGAUCCCGAUUGAAAAUCCCCGAAAAGUCCCGAGUGCGAGUAGUCGCGCAGCCGCGACCAAGCGAAGCGCCUCAAACCCGAUCGUUCUUGCGCUCGCGGGUUUCCCCGACGGAGAGCGAGGACGAAGAGGCGAGCAGGAGGAGAAGGAAAUCGGAAGAAUCGUGCCGCUUGCCGCCGUCUGGCAGUCGUCCUCCGGUACGAUCGAUCGACCGACCGAUCGAUCGGUGUCAAUCGGUCGAUCGGCCGAUCGACGUCGCCUCGCGCACAUCUCACCUCGCCGAUGCACUUGCCGUGUCGAAUGUCCCCCCGUAAACCACCGGCGACCCACCGUCAAUGCGAUUUACCGUAACGCUACGUGUACGCGUGCGUGCUAUAUUCUCGCGUGUAUUGUAUAAGAGACACACAGUUGUUACUAUUGCGAUGUAAAUUCAUUACGACGAGAGUCACGACGAUUGAUCCUACUGCGACAUUAUGUAUCUCUGCGCAAAUUUCUUACCACACACAGGAUUAAGGACGAGGAAAUAUAACAUGAGCAUCAAC